UCUUGGUUACUUUUAGAAACAACAUGGAGGAGGAGGGUGUGGGAGGAGAGGAUAGGAUCCACAGGUUGCCUGAACACCUAAUUCAUCACAUUCUCUCUUUGCUUCCUACCAAAUGUGUUGUUUCAACAACAAUUUUGUCUAAAGAAUGGAGGAAUCUCUGGAUAUCUCUUCAUGUGCUUGAUUUUCGCGAAUGGAAGUCUCCUGAUACAGAAGAAACACAAUCUUCUACCAGGAGCUUCAUGGAUUUCGUGGAUAAGAUAUUGGUUCUUCGUAAGAAAUUCUGUAUCACCUGUCACGGUAAGUACUUUGAUGACCAGCGGAUAAAGGCUUGGAUUACUAUGGCCGUUAAGUGUGGAGUUGAAGAGCUCAUCGUCAGUAGGGACGCUGAAGGAGCGGAUAUUAUCCCUGUCGACCUUUACACUUGUGAAUCACCGACUUUGUUAGACAUUGAUCUUUAUGGUGGCGGAUACCAAAAUCAUGAUUGAUGCACCAAAUCUAAUGUCCAUCACAAUCAAUGAUGGUAUAUCACAACAUUUAGUGGUGGAGAGCUUUCCGUCACUAGUGGAUGCAGAUAUAUGCCACAUGUAUGCUAAGCCAGGUGUCCCGAUUGAUGUUAUCAGCUGAUAUAUUUGAGGUAUGGUUGCGUAUUUUGGGAGUUACCUUUAUUGGCUGAUUAUUUUUUUCUAGCAAGUUGGGGUAAGUU